CUAAACGUCACAAACGUCAAUCAUGGCGGAUAAUCUCGGUGGCGCUGCCAUCCGGGGAGUGUCCGCCCCGCCACCACCGUUGGCGAGCCCCUCGACACUGUCGGGCACAUUUCCUAAUCAAGUAGAUGACGAGCAGGUGGAUUACGACGGCACGGGCAUCGGCGUGGUGCCUUUGAGCAAAACUUCGUCCAAAUCGAAACCUAUUUCGUCCGUGGGAAACAUCAUCAUGCCAGAGGGGCCUCGCCUGGAGGAAUUUCGGGACAUGCAUGACAUCCCGGAAGAACUCCCGGACUACCGCGACCAGCACGGUAUGACUGACAUCGAGCGCACCACCAUCGGGUUGCCGAGUAUCCGGGAAUCUCAGCGGUUGAAACAGGGCAGGGAGCGGUUGUCGCAAUUUUUGCGGGAGCAAGAGUACGUCAACACGCGCGUCCGGUGGAUGGGUGUGCGGGCAAUGCUCAAGUACGAUGUGACGCAAAAACCCAAGCCGCACAUGACUGCAGAUUCGGAUGCCAAGGCUUCGGAGUUGGAGAAAAAUUACUUUGGUACACUUGUGGCCAUAUUUUUAGAGUUGUAAUGAAAUUUGACUCAACUGAUAAUGCCUCUUUGCCAUGAGUGCCACCUUUUUUUUGUGGAAACAAAGUCCAUUGAAUAUCAAAAACAGAUCGCAUUACGAUGAGCUUUCCGAAGAACUGGCGGAAGAAAAUCCCUCGGUGGGAAAAAGCCUUUUUGAUGCGCAACCAGCUCUUCAUCGAUACCAAGAAGAUGCGGCGGCAGCAUUUGAAAGAAUGGCUGGAACGGUUGGAACUGGACAGCAUGCGAUCCAAGCCCGUCCUCAACCUGCCGGGGAUCCAGAACUGGUAUCGCGGCGACGAGUAUGCGCGGGUCUGGCCGACGCGUGGCCACUACCUGUACAAGCAGGCCUGCGUUUUGACGGAGGAAAGGAGGCAACGGGAGGUCCGUCGGGUCGAAGAGAUCCUGCGAAAAGAUCGCGAGUCUUGCACGUUCAAGCCGGAACGGAACCCGAGACAAGUAAUGGAGUUUUACCACAAGCAAUCGGACAUCGGCAAAGAUUCGUCGCGCGCUUGGCGGUGCACCCCGAGCUUCAAACCGAAGCCGCGGCACGACGCACUGGAGGGCAAGCCGCGGGAAGUGUACGAGGGCUUCUUGCGCCAAUCCCCGGACACGGUGAAGUGGAGCAGUGGAGACAAGGUCAGCAAAGCGAAUGAUCUGCAGGGCUUGAAGGAGAGACACGCCGCGUUUGAAAUCCACCACCCGGAUCCGAACGAGGACGCCUCGAACAUGGCCCAGCAACAAUCCGGCGUACACACGGCACUGAUGCGGGACAACGUCGCACACCAGAAGUUCAUGCAGAACAACCACUACCAGCUCGCGUGUCUCGAGGAUCCGACCGGGUUUGGAAAGGUGUUCCCGACCUUGAAGCACCCAAAGCACGACGUGAUGAAAUCCCUGGUGCGGCAGGCGGCGCGGGAAAAGAAGGAAUACGUCGAGGUGGAGCACGCGAACGUGUUCCACGUGGAGGCCAGCCCGGAAAUGCUGGCGCAGCACCAGGAGAGGAAAAAGGGCAAGGGGGUGCUGGAUACCGGUUUAACCGAGAAGCAGAAGCAGAAACACCUCUUCGGCGGAAAAGCGGCCACGAGUGCGAUUGACGACUCGAAGCUGGAGGGCAGUGAAGAGCGGGCGUGGCGCAUCGCGGUGCACCGCAUGGAGCGCAUGGGGAACGCGCCGCGGUCGCUCGUGGAACUCGUGCCGACCAAUAAAGCCGAAACCGAACUUGCGGCCCUCGAGGCGAUCUUUGCCGACGACGUCGCGGAAGAGGAGGAGGAGGCGAAGCGAAAAGCGCAGGAGGAGGCGCAGAAAGCCGCGGAGGGACUGUUGCAGAAGAAAAAGGUCGCCCGGGCAGCGCGGAAGAAGGCACGAGUGCCGAUCUGGGCGCGCCCAUUGCCGAAAGAGCAAAACGAAAAGCGGAGUGAUUUCAUCCAAAAGAGGAAAAUGCGGCAAGAGAUGGCCAUGAUUUCUCCCUGGGAGCGGCAACUGUUGUCCGCACAGGAGUUGCAGGUGCGGCAACUGGGCAUUCAGGGUCAGGAUCACGAGCAUCGCAGCAACUUUGCCCAGGACAAGGUGCGGCAAGUGGUGGGCGAUAGGACCUACGCACAGAUGUCGAGCGCGGAAAAAGAGAAAAUGUCAAAGCAGCUGUACAAAAGUCUCGCCAAGGGGGCAUCCGGAAUGGAGGAUGGGUAUAGCAUAAAUUUGAAUUUGUCAAAAAUUCACGUAGCUUUUCGUAUGUAGUACUAGGACUUCGGAUUUUGAUCUCGGGCCCUGUUAAAAGUAAAAAGAUCCAGCUCUGAAAUCUAAAUGAAAAUCUCAAAACUGCGCAGUUCUACGUCGUCCAAGGACAAGUCCAAGCGAGCGAAGCAGAAGCUGGGGACCAGCGCCAACUUUAAUGAGUUCGGCUCGGUAUUUGGAUCCAAUCUUGCCUCUGGAAGUACCGACCCGCUGAACAGUCAGCAGGUGGUGGAGGACACCUUGACAGAAGGCGUCGGUAUCAUCGCGAACAGCCUCGGGGUCCGACCAGAGGAUGUGGGGAACGCGCUGCAAGCGCACGCUGAGGAGAACAAGCUCCAAGGUGACCCCGAGCUCAUGAAAGCCGUCGGAGCGAUUCAGCGGGCGUCCGAGGUUGCGGCGCGGUCAGACGGCAGUAAAAACACAUAAGAGUUGAGAAAGAGAGAAUUCCUUUUUGAACACCGGGAACUAAAAUUUAGGACUUCUCAGUGAGUUGAGAUUUAGAUCGUUUCCCCGUUCCUGAAUACUUAAGUCCAUUGAGGGAGAUCGUUUCCUAAAAAGAAAAACACUACCUCCUAUAGACUGUAUCCCAGAUUCCAAUGAUGUACUUGAAUAUCUAAACCCGUUAUACUUUUGGCUUGUACUUGCGUGCUCCUUACUUCUCCAUAUCCUGGGAAACGAACGAACUGAGAUCCGUCGCUUUCUGUGGAAUCUCUCGCGCGCGUAAAUACUUUGUAUUGUAUGCAACG